AGCGACGUUGGCGUUGGGCGCCAAGCGAUUGCGGCUGCGAAUGGAUGUGUGGAGGAUGUGAGGGCUGGAGGGGGGCUUCUGCGGCAGCGGAGUCAGAGCCCGCGGUGCUGGCCGUGAGCGUGAGCCACCCGGAUCGCGUAGCCGGCCGGCGGAGAGGGGGAGAAAGGCAGGCUGGUCGCUGUACGGCGGAGCGGUGUGGCCCACUGGGCCCCGGCAACAGCGUCCCCUCUCUCGGCAGCCGUACAAACGGGUCUCAGCAAGAUAACCAGGCAGCUGGCUCUCGUGACAUUAAUCCUGAGGCGUGUUGAUGCCGUGGAUCUCGCUGCCCGAUUUAUGCGUAAUGACGGCAAAAUGUACGGAGGUGAAUAGCGAUGAAGGGCUGAGAAGAGUGUGCAAAAGAUCUGGAGACGAGGAGAGUGCUGAAGGAGAUGGGGAGAGUGAAGAAGGAGGCUGCAGAUCUCAACACAGCACAAAGAGAGAAGAUACUUCAGCAGCUGCCACCAGCCCAGAUCAGCAUCAUUUCUUAAGAUCCAGUGUGAGGCCUCCCAACAAGAGGUUAAGGAAAGAUCCUGCUGCUUCUCAUGGAUCCAGCAGCUUCCAGAACAAUAAGGGAAAAGGUCUUGAGGGGAACACUGCUGCUUCUGGUUAUGCAUCUGGCCUUGCUGCAGGCAGUGCUGGUGGAAGCAGCAAAACCACAGCAAAGAGUUUAUCUGCCAUAUCUGGAGAAAAGGAGGAAGGGAACAAGAAGAAAGUCCGUAGGCAGUGGGAAUCGUGGAGUGCUGAGGACAAAAAUUCAUUUUUUGAAGGGUUGUAUGAGCAUGGGAAGGAUUUUGAAGCAAUACAGAACAACAUAGCUCUAAAGUAUAAGAAGAAAGGGAAGCCAGCAAGCAUGGUGAAAAACAAGGAGCAGGUUCGGCACUUCUACUACCGUACUUGGCACAAGAUCUCCAAAUACAUCGACUUCAAUAAUGUAUUCUCUAGAGGACUGAAGAAAUCCUCUCAGGAACUCUAUGGGCUAAUAUGUUAUGGAGAAUUGCGCAAAAAAAUUGGUGGAUGCUUGGAUGAUAAAAAUGCAGCCAAACUCAAUGAAUUAAUUCAAGCUGGGGCUACAACUGUGCGAUACAAAGGUCGCAAUUUGCGAAUAAAAGCACCUAUGUGUCGGGCUUUGAAAAAACUCUGUGAUCCUGAAGGGAUUAGUGAUGAAGAGGAUCAGAAACCAGUUCGACUUCCCGUGAAAGUGCUCCUUGAACUAUUGCCUCGUAGUAAUUACACUUGGGCAAGAGUGCAGAGUUUGGCACAGAAUCCUCGAUUACGGAUGAUGGUAGAACUACAUCGAAAGGUUUCCAGCCUCAUUGAUUUCCUCAAACAUAAAUGGGCAUUACAGGAAUUCAGGAUUCGUAAAUCAUUGGAAGAGCGCCAGCAAGAUUCAGGAUAUGGCGAAUCAAGGUUUAUGGGGUUUGAGGAAAAGACAGAGCUCCACCUCUACCCUGCAGAGAAUUGUACUUUAACUGUAUUGCCUGAAGUGGCAAAGGUAGUUCACUCAAAAGCCUGCUGCACUGUGCACUGGCAGGAAACAGGACGCUGCAGACAGAAUGUAAAAGACACUCACUUACUCCCACCAGCACAAAUAUUAGCAAGAGCCCCUGCCACAAAGGAUAUGACUGUUCCCUUUAGUCAGGGAACUCAAGGCACACUGAAGGGGCAAGUAAAACAAAUUCGAAGCACAACAGAUGGACGAACUGGUUUUAAAACAACUACAUUGAUGACUGGUGAAGGAUCACAAAGCACUGAAGAGGAAAUGCCUUUGGAAAGUACCUCUGCAGGAGAGGUAGUUUCUCAACAGGGAAGUCCAAAAGUAGAGGAGAUGUUUGACGUGGGACAGCAGGAGUUGGGAGAAAAUGGAGAAAACAUAGUUAAUUCACCUAAAUCUAAUUCUGAUGCUUCCACUGAAGAAUGCAGUGGUAAUGAUGUUCCUUUAAUGGAGUCCCCAGAACCAACCACCAUUACUGAGCACUGUGUCUCUGGGGGUGUGGUUAAUAUUGAUGAGGUGUCUCUUUUGGAUGCAGCUGCUCGCUGCAUGAAGUCUUGUCAGAACUGUCUAUCAGCAGAAAGGUGUCCUUGUCAGGAUAAAUCUUCUGAGAAGGGUGUCACUCCUUCAGGCGUAAAUGGAUUUUGUAGUGAUUCUGGUGCAGUGCAUUCUGGAAUGGUAGAAGUUGUGGAACCCAGUGUGGAACAGGUUGCAGUUUCAAAGCCACAAUUACCUACUGAUACCACUUCACCACCAUUGUCCUGUCCAACUGCAGCAGAUGAUGGAGAUAAUGGGGCCCUGCCUACUACUUGCACUCGUGAAGAGACAGUGGGAUGCACGGAUGAGGUGCCUGAUACUGACUGCCAUAGACAGACCACAAACACUACUUCACCUUCUCAGGGGCAAACUGGUAAUGCCAGCAUUGUUCCAAAGCCACCGAAAGAUGAUGCUACUCACUUAGCCCAGCAGAUGCUGGAGUAUGGCUGGAAUCCACGUACUUCUGAAAAUUUGACAUUGGCUGAAUUGUACCUCAUGCUGGGGAAGCCCAGCAAAUUGCAACUUGAAUAUGACUGGGUGCAGGCCCAGAGGAAUAACCAAGAGGAAACCGAGAGGACAAAGGGUACAAGUCAGAAGUUACUGAAGUGCUUGCUCCAAAUUAUCACUACCGAACUGAACCCUAAAUCUAGUCUCGAUUCUAGCACUGUGGCAGCAUCUCCAAUGAAGUCAAACCAUGAAGAUCAGAUGAAUUCCCCACCAGGGAAAGUGAUUACUCUUGCACGUAGUCCUGGUUGUAUCCGAAAUACUCCAGCGAUUCGAACUAGCAAAAUGGUUACUCCCACAAAUACAUCAGGAAUGCGGAAUGUGCAGAAAACUUUGGUAGUGCCGUAUUCAUCUGGUAGCUCGGGAAGUUCAAGCAGUGAUGCAGACAGCGGUAUUUUUGCAGUUCCUACAACUUUGCCUCCCAACAGCAGGCAUAAUAAAAUCUUCUCACCCAGCAAAGAGACUGAGCUGAUGUUCAGACAGCAGCUGGAUACUUACAGUAGGCAACCAGACAUCUUCCUACCCAAACCAAGGAAAUUAAGAAAUAAUCGUUCACGCAAGCCACUGGUGGUUCAGAGAACGCUGUUGCCACGACCAGCUGGAAAUUCCUCUCAGCAUGUUUGUUCCUUUUCCAUCUUGUCCAAUUCUGCUGCAGGCACAGGUUUAUUCCGUCCUCUUCAGUCAUCGCUUUCCAAACCAACCUUGGCUCGGCCUAUUAUUCCAAAAGCCGUUCCGGCAUCCACUAGCCAACUGUCUAGUGCGAUUGACAUGGCUGCAAAGUCAGCGGGCAUAAUUCCAGGCAGUCCGGUCCCAGCCCUUGAUGCUGAAGGUUCACAAGAUUUGGCCUCUUUGUCAAAUGAAGAUGUUUCCAUGGUGACCUCAGAACAGGAUUUAUCCUCCGUCCAUCAGAAUGGAAGUACACCAGAAACUUUGGCAGGGAGGGAUCUUGAAAAACACACACGUCAGAAUGGUCUAUCCUCUCCUUCAGGUGAAACCUCUAACUCACUGUUCACUUCUCCACCAAACGUCUCGACACUCCUUGAUAUUUCAUUGCCAGGACCUCCAGAUGACACACUGUCCCAGGGUGGACCCCAUAGCCAAAUCAGUGACUCCAUUAUUGAGCUUGCUAUCAACUCUACUCAGUAUGUCGGUGGUGAUGGGUCUUCUCUCUCUAUAACAAAGCUGAAUGGUAGUGACAACUCUAAGAAUCUCCCAUCUCCACCAGCCAGUCCUCAACGCAACUGGAUUCCCUCUCCUACCCAUGACCCACAGUGGUAUGCACCAGAUUCUGGUGACUUGUUUGCAGCAAGCCUAAUAUCUCCCGAAAAGGGGCGGAAGAUGUUAACAACUGGCAACAGCAACAACCAUGGCAAUAGCAACUCUUUGCUUGGAACAAGCCUACUGGAUGGAAACUCCAGGGAUUCUUUUGUUUCCCGCUCACUAGUAGAUGUCUCUGAGGUGGAUUCUCAGCUGGUGUGUAUGAUGAACGAAAGCAGUGUGGAUUAUAUUGCCCGCUUUAACGAUCUUGCUCAAGAGCUCUCAGGAGCUGAGACUUCGAGGAAGGAGAUGCUUUUGGACAGUGGCCCUCCAAUUGGUGAUCUUUCACAAUAAGGUCAUAAACUGAACAAGGGACUCAUUUAGAGUGCCCCCAUUCUUCAGCACCUUGCCAAUUAAGCUGCCCAGUUUGGGUAUUGACUACUGGAGAAACCAUUUGUAAAUGACACUGAGAGGUUUGAAAAAUGUGCAAUACACUUGACAGUACUGCCCAUAAUUCAGUAUUAGGUUCAUGAUAAUAUUUACUUGGCAGUCAUUGACAUAGAAUAAAGCUGCAAGAAGCCAAAAGGAUCCUGCGAUGGGACUGAACGCUAGGGUGAAUGUUUUUCUAAUGUCUGAAACUGAUAUGCAGAUUGAUCAUAUGCUUGAAUUGGGCAUGGAAACAAAGCUGAUGUUAUUGUGGUUUGUACCAGGCUCUUCCUAGAGUGAUAUGGUAUGUUCAGAAUGAAUUAUGCAAACCUUUUGUACCAUAUAACACACCCACUUUGCUUUCCAUUAAAACCAAACUAACUAUAUCAGGAAAGCCCUAGUGACUGUAUUCUGCCUGAAAGCAUGCUAUAGCACAUGGCUAUCAUAGUUAUAGUGGUAAUGCUGUUUACGUGGGGCACAUUGUGAUGCAAGGAAGUCAUUAAACAGGUAGUAGCUUGUAUUCAGCAUGGUCCCUUUUGCCACAUAAUACUUUUAAACACCUAUCAGAUAGACUGGUGGGUUUCCCUGAGAAUACUGAGUGAAAUACACGGUGUUGAUUUAAAAUAUGUUUACAAAGUGCAUGGGUUUGUGCCCAUGUGAAUUGAAUAAACAAGCAGUAGCAAGCAAGUCCCUGAGGGCCACUUCAAAAGGGAAAUUAAUUUAUUUUUGCUGCACAUGUGUUUUAAUAAAUAGUUGAUUGUAUUUUUUUUUCAUCUUGAACAGAGCCACCAAUGGUUAUGACCUUGAUAGGCCUCUUCAGUUCAUGCUACGAUUUCUUUUGAAAUUCUGGUUCUGUCUUUCUGGUCUAUUUUUUUUUCUCUAAUCCUGAUCUUCCCUUCCUCUCCCGGUUUUCCAUCUUGUGUACUCUUAAUGGAGGUAAGCUUAUGAACGAGCUUGAUGAGUACCAGGCAAGUGACUGUCAGUAUUGGACCCAAAGCUUGCCACUGAGUAGAGGGUUCUGCAAUAGUCUCAUACAGCAUCAAGAUUCUAGAUGCACCUUCUAAAUUUGUUCCUGCACUGUUUUAAGUACACCGUGACUCAUUUUCAAUUAGUUAGAUACAUUUCUUUAGUCCUGAAGACACACUUUUAUUGCAUUUUAAAUUGCAUCCAGUAACUAUGCUUCAGAUUGGAGUUAUGGUACCAUGUUUUUGUUGAUAUGAAAGAAUUCUGCGUGAUGGAUCUUGUGUGUUUAGUAUUGUGCAGUUUACCUUUGAGUCAUCUUGUGCUGCUUAUGUGUUUUUUUUUGCACCCAAGGAAUCCAGUGUGGUACCUUUGAAUUUUACAAAUUAUUGUUUUACUUUACUGUCUCUUUCCUAUCUUUCUGCCAGAAUAUUACCCAAGGACUUAAACUCUUCACUCAAGCACGUGUUUAGGUUGGAACACUAUGCAGACUGACUGCAGUCAAAUUCGAAUUUAGUAGCAGGCAAGAUUUUGAAGUGUUUUACAGUUUAACAUAGAACGCACACACUUGAGACUUUUUUCCCCAUAUAGUCAACUAUGUAAAUAAGAUAGAUAUGUGCAUUGUUAAUUUUAUCUAUCACACAGAGCUCUAGAAGAACUGUACUUUUUUUUAAUAUAAGCUACAUCUAAGAUAUUAUUGUGGAAGGAUUAUCUCCCAAUCUUGUAUAAUUUCAAAUUUGGCUAUAAGCUAGAUCAUUAUAACUCUAGGCUUCCCAACACCAGGAGGAAAAGUUGCAAAGCUGGUAUAUUGUUGCAAUGCAGUAAUUGUGGUCUAAAGUUAUUCAAACUCAAUUGUGUGUAAUAUUAAUAAUGUAAGCCAAGUAUAAAGUUCUGGAAACAGACAAGCAAAUUGAUUUGAGGAUUCUGGAAAGCUGUGACCUAAGUUAUCUACAGUCUAUAACACUUGCCUGUUCUAUAUUCUUUUCUAAUAUACAAAAACUCCAGAUAAUCUACUGCAACUCAUCUAAACAUAUUCUUCUCUCAUUUAGAACAAAAGUAGUCUAUUCAUCAACAAAACAUUGGUAAUUCGAGUUUUGGUAAAUGCCUGUUGCAUUGUUGCAGGGAUUUGUUUAAUGUAUCUGAAACACAAUGUUAAAAGUUAUUUUUUGUAAAAUUGCAACUAUACUUGGAAGUAAACAGGUUCCAUUUUGUACGUUUGUUAAGUAAAGAAGUAAUGUUGCAUUUUUAGUUUGGUACACUAGGUUUGUCAUGAGGUAAAGAGGUGGCAGUAGUUCUCUUGGGUUUGAGGGAUAUUUCCCUUGGGUAGCUUUCUAGUGUUUUGCUUUCCAAAAUAUUCCAGCAAAUAUGCAGAAACUGUCUCAUUCAUGUCAAAUAAGCUGGUAAUUAGGACCCCAUGCCUCACCUCCAUUAUUGGAUUUUUUUAUGGUCAAUCUUUCUCACUUUUACCUUUUUGUAUUGACUUAAUGUUCUGAAUGAUUAUGCAUGUAUUGCUGGUCCCUAGCAGUGUGUGGAGGCAGGGAAUAGAAACUGUCCACUGGGUGUGUUAUAAUGUUUACGUGGUUUGUACAAUUCUUAAAUUUAUUCUCUGCAUCAGUUAAAUAGGAAGAAGCUACUAAGAAUAUUUUUUUAAAAUGGAACAAAAUUAGAUUAACUUUACAAUUAAAUCUGAACACAGAUGUCUCCGUUUGUUCCUCUGGACUCUAGCCUCAUAUCAGGAAUGUUCUGAAUGCAGAAUGAAAUGUUUGUCAGAAUUCAAAGCUUCGGUACUUUUUGUAGAGCAGUCCCAGACAGAGAUCUCUACAGUUUUUCUGAUAUUAAUAAUUUCUAUUUUAGAUUUCAUUGACAUCUAACUAUCCGUCUUUUCUGCAGCUGUGUGAUAAGAUACAAGUUCCAUUUUUCCCUUUUCACUAAUUUCCUCUAAUGACUGGACGAAAGUUCCAAGAUUACAAAACCAUAGGUUUCUUUCUUCACUGUUAGCUGUUGAAUUUUUCAGGUGAAAAGAUACAUUCAGCAGUGAAUUGUUGUAGCGAAAUAAUCACUUCAAUUUUCCCAAUAUAUUAAUUCACCCAAUGAAAAAAUCUUCAGAUCAUUAAAAGGUGAAUGACUUAUUGUCCUUGCAUUUCUGGCAAAUUUGGUUUAUCAUAUUAAAUGCAAACAAUCAAAGAAGGGAGAUUUAAUGUCCUGCUUAAUCUGACUUCCGUCUGUCAUCUAACCCGGUAGGGCCAAAUGUGAAUAUAUCAUUAAUGCUCUUAGAAUUUCCCAUUGCACAACCAUGCAGUGCCUUUAUACAAUCCUAAUCAGCUGGUAUGAAAUCUUGGAACAGAUCAAUAUAGAGUCUAACUCUCAGAAGUCUAAUGUGAUUAGCAUUCAGUUAGGCCAUGCAGUAAGUAGCAUGUCCCAGGUCAGUUUUAAUCUAGUGAAUGCACUGUAAUUUGCACCCUAAGUUUUCUAUAGUUAAAGUUAUAUAGUGUGCCACUGUUACUGUGGCAAUAAUUCCAUCUUAUAAUGCAAUCCUGACAUUUAUAAAUGCUAAGAUGCAUGGAUAGCUAUGUUUAUGUUUCUUUUUGAUGAAGGUUCAUAACUAAAGACCAAGAAACCAAAUGUGGAACAACUCUUCCACGUGAUUGUGUAAGUGUAUACAUUUGUCAAAUGGGCAGACUGACAGCUGAGAACAUUUCCAAAAUUUGAAAAGACUGAGUUUCCCCACCCACUGGGAAGAAAGACCCCACAAUGCCAGAUGGUUUAUUUUAGCUACUGGUUUUACUUUACAAACCUUUCCAACUUUUGCAUCGGUUUGUAUUUGUGUGAAUGUGUGAGUGUUUCUAAGUGCGUUUCUAUUGCAAAUUGAUUUGGAACAAAACAGUUUUACAUUUUUUUUUACAAGCAACUCUUCAUUUUGCAUUCAGUAGUACUUAAUUUAUUAACUGCUUUUUUAAUAGUUUUAAUCUUGCACUGGAAGGUAAAUAUAUAUUUAUAAAAUUGAAUUUAAAGCUGGUGUGUUAUUUGUGCAAAAUAUAACAGUUAGGCAGUUUUGCUAACUCAUCAAUGAUUCCAUAGUUUGUUAAAUUGCUAUCAGCUGAAGUUUGGUUAUCACACUUGAUUUGCUACAUGUGUUUUGUGAAUGCGAGAACCUAUAAUGAAUUAUAACAUUGAUCAUCACAACUGAAAGCAGAUUGGCAAAUCUUCACAAUAUGGCAACAUUCUUCCUCUGAAAGUCCAUUAAGUUUGGAUGCUGUUCUGGGCAAUGGUCAGUUAUGUGUGAACAUUAGCUGAAAUUUACUGACACUGAGCUGUUUAAAAAUACAACCAACUAUGGUUGAAUUCUUUAUAUUGUACACCAAGCAGUAUUAUUUAUAUUCAUAAGAACAGAUGUAUGCAGCUAGGACCAGGCGUAUUUGUAACUUCACAAUCCUCAUCCUUUGGUCUGAGGAACAUGGGGCCCAUUUUGAUCAUUAUGACUGAAGCUUUGAAUCUUGACACCUUUUUUUUUGUUCACUUUGUGGCCGUUGCUAUGUUAGAGAAACUUCCCAUCAGUUUUAAAUUACAUUUUUAUAAAAACCUAAAAAGAACAUAAUGAUUAGUAACAAUUUUGAAGUCUUUCUUGGGAAUAUUUUAAGACUUAAUUUAUGUAAUUGACUAAAAAGAAUUACUAAACAUGACAAAAUUAUAUCAACAUCAUCAUUGCAUUAGUGCUGACCUAAUGUACAUUCACAGUUGUGUUAUGUAAAUACAUAAUUCUUACAUUAUGGGCUCAGUCGCUCUAAAUCAGUGCAAUCUUGUACAAUAAUGGUGAUUUAGAUGUUUAUUGGAGCCCAUUGUUAAAACAAUAGACUCUAGAAAUUCAGAAUAACAAAGGGUUUUAAAGGGGUUUUGAAAAAUUGCUGAUGGGGAGGGUCUCCAUGAAAUUUCUAAUUGAUGCACUACAAUAAAUGGUUCUGCUUUGGCUUUGGAGCAGGUUCUGAAUGGCUUUUAAGAUGUAAAUGUUGUACAGAAGCAAAAGAGAAAUGUUCAUAGCAUUGUUUCGAUAAAAAGCCAUAUCAGUUGUAAAGGUUUUCAUCCCCUUUUGAGAUGUGAAAACUUUUUAAACAGUUCAAAAUCCUUUUCCCUGACCUUUGUACCAAAUGUGUAAAUUAUUUUUGACUAUUUAUUCUGUAUGAUUUGAGUUUUGUGGUUAUUUAAUAUGCAAAGAAGCUGUUAAACUUUCAUGUUGAGUUCUUUGUUUAACCUGUAGAGCUGUUUUUUUUUAAUUCUUGCUGAUAAACACGUUUUAAAUACAG